GGGGAAGGAGAGAGGCUUCUGUAGAGCUGGAACUUAUUAUGGAAAACACUGGAAGGAUAAGUGCAAGUGGCAAUGAACUGUGAGAGCUUAUGCUGAUAGAGGAAAAAAAUUGGACACUUCCCACUUUCUUCACUGCAGAGCACUAACAUGGAUGAGGAGGACAUCUCCCCCCUGAAGCACUUUGUGAUUGCCAAAAGGACCAUCAACUGUAUCUUUGACCAGCUGCAGGACUUUGUUAGAGAAGGCUCUGUGUUUGUCAAGGAGACGUGGCGUAGUGAGGACCUGGAGCAGGUGGCUGUGGAGGAUCAGUGUGUGCAGAUGCAGGCCUGUACGAGAAAGCUGACCAUCAUCAGAGAGGUGCUGGCCCGCAGGCACAUGAAAGUGGCCUUCUUUGGCAGAACGAGUAAUGGCAAGAGUACGGUGAUCAACGCCAUGCUGCGGGAGCGGGUGCUUCCCAGUGGCAUUGGCCACACCACCAACUGCUUCCUGAGCGUGGAGGGCACAGAUGGCGACAUGGCCUAUCUCACCACUGAGGGCUCAGAGGAGAGGCAGAGCAUUGAGACGGUGAAUCAGCUGGCCCAUGCGCUACACAUGGACCCAGACUUGGACUCAGGCUGCUUGGUCCGAAUGUUCUGGCCCAAGACCAAGUGUGCCCUGCUGAGAGACGACCUGGUGCUGUUGGACAGCCCGGGCAUCGAUGUCACCUCUGAGCUCGACAGCUGGAUCGACAAGUUCUGUCUGGACGCUGACGUCUUUGUGCUUGUGGCCAACGCCGAGUCCACCCUGAUGAACACGGAGAAGCACUUUUUCCAUAGAGUGAGUGAGAGGAUCUCGAAGCCCAACAUCUUCAUCCUCAACAACCGAUGGGACGUCUCAGUAUCGGAGCCGGAGUACUUGGAAGAUGUGCGGAAGCAGCACAUGGAACGCUGCCUCGGCUUCCUGAUGGACGAGCUGAGGGUGGUGGACGCCCGGCAGGCCCCCCACCGCAUCUUCUUUGUGUCGGCUAAGGAGGUGCUCAGCUCCAGGAUGCACCGAGCCCAGGGCAUGCCAGAGACAGGUGGUGCCUUGGCAGAGGGAUUCCAGGAAAGACUGAAGGAGUUCCAACGUUUUGAGAGAACGUUUGAGGAGUUCAUCUCACAGUCAGCGGUGAAGACCAAAUUUGAGCAGCACACCAUCCGAGGCUGGCAGAUCACGGAGUCUGUCAAGAACAUCAUGGACGCUAUCAACAUCGCCUCGGCAGAGAAGAAGGUGCUCUCUCUGGAGGAGCGCGAGUCGCUCACGGACCGGCUGGAGUUUGUGCGCAAUCAGCUCAACGUGCUGACCGAGGAUGUGAAGGACAAGAUCAAGGCCACGGCUGACGAAGUGGCCGCCAAGGUGACUGCUGCCAUGGUGGAGGAGAUCAAGGGUCUGUCUGCUCUGGUGGAGGAGUUCUGCUCGGACUUCAGCCCGGCCCCUAAUGCCUUAGCUCUCUACAAAUCAAAGCUGCAGGCGUACGUGGAGGAGAGGAUGGGAAAGAACCUGGUCUUCCGCUGCUCCAGCAGUAUCAGUGGCUACAUGCAGUCCUCACAGAGAGACAUCAUGGAGAGCAUACGCCCUCUGCUGCCCCCUACUGCCAGGGGCAACCUGCACCUCCACCUCCCCAGCCACAAGUUUGACGUCUCCUACGACCUCAACUUUGCCACCAUCUGCACAGACUUCCAUGGCAACGUGGAGUUCCAGUUCUCCUUGGGGUGGACGGCCCUGGUCAACCGCUUCCUCGGACCGGCCCAUGCCAAGCGUGCCCUGAUACUGCUGGACGAGAACAUUCAGGCAGCUGGAUUUGCCUCAACUCCCAUGGACCCCCAGGCCCAAGAGGACAUCGCCAUCUCCAUGGCAACCAAACUGGCGUCUUACACCUCCCGAGCCUCCAUGGGGGUGGUGGUCAUCGGAGGAGUGGUGUGGCGAUGCCUCGGCUGGAGGCUGAUAGUGAUUUCCGUGAGCCUCUACGGCGUGCUCUACCUGUACGAGAGGCUCACCUGGACCAACGGCUCUAGAGAGAGGGUUCUGAAGCAGCAAUUUGUGGACUUUGUCAGCCAGCGGCUCCUGGCCAUCACCCCCAUCACCAGCGCCCACUGCAGCCAGCAGGUCCAUCAGGAGAUGGUGGCCACGUUCAGCCGCCUCAGCCAGCAGGUGGACAAGAGUGAGAGCGAGCUGGAGGCGGACAUCUGGCGCGUGAACUGCAGGAUCCAGCGGCUGGAGGGCGUUCAGAAGCACUCCAAAACCCUCAGGCACAAAGCGACUGAUCUGGAGCGACAGCUGGAGGCCUUCACCUCCCAGUAUCUGCAUGCCACACCCUGAGGCCCGGAGACUUCCAGAAGCAUGGCUCGUGUAAAUAAUUCAUCCGACAUGUUUAAAACUGCAACGGAGAGAAAGCAGCGAAGAAAAGCCAUAACGGUGCCACCGACUCCAUGCAGCUUUCAACUGACACUGAUUUCCAUGUGAAUCUUCUCUCUCUCUCUCUCUCUUUCUCUCUCUCUCUCUCUCUCUCUCUCCAAUGUUGGUGGGCAAGGGGAUAAAGGGCAAGGCUAUUUGGUACUAGUAAUGGUCUUGUGUUGACACUUGCCCAAACAGGUGCCAUAAAGCCCUGUGCGGAAAUUCACAAUGCUCAUUUUGCCCAAAACCGCUAGUUUAACAUGGAAAGCAUCAGGAACGAGACAAAUAAUGAAUUGCAGGAAUGUUAACGGAGGUUCACUAGGUUACCACUAGGAAGGGACAGAGGAAUGCACUGAUUGGUUGAAAAAUAUUACAGAAGAUAAAGCUAAGACCCAAUGUUAUACUUUUUAAUUAUCACAUUACAUUGCGUUUGAUGUUAAGUUUUUUUUUAUUGGUUACAAGAACAUAUCGCCACAUCUGGGUACAACAGUACAACUGUACAGAUACAAAACAAUCUGGUGUACAAACAAAGAAAAUGUUUCAAAAAAAGAAAAAAAAAUUAAUUGCAAGUGAGCAUUCACACAACAACACUGCAACACUGCAGGAAAAUAUGAAUCCCUGGGUUUAGAAAACAAUUAUUACCAAACAUCAAGGAAUUUUGGAUAUACUGGAGUCAAAAGGCAGUGAGUUCUGUCAAGAGAUUGAGAAUGUGGCAGGAAUGCAAUUUCAAGCUGAUGCUUACAUUUCAGAAAAAAAUCAAAACAAAUAAAAAGUAUUACUGAGUAUUUUGUUAAAUGAGAAAAAAUAUUAAAAAUACUGCAGUUGUGUUGUACAGGUCACAGAGGAUUAAAAAAAAAGAUACAAAAAAAAAAAAA